GAUUCUCUACCCUACGCCAUUUUGGGUGUUGUCGUCUUUGAACAACGUUGUAUCGGAGCGUUGUUUUGCGCAGGUUGAAUUCUCUUUUUUUUUUUAAUAGAAGUUGUAGACAAAAGACGUAUUCGAAAACCAACUUUUCUUUCAACUAGGCCGUGACCGGAAGUCGCCGUCGCAAGUAUGCCGGGUUUUAGCAGCGCGGGCACAUUCAAAAUAUUUAUCGGAAACCUCGCCGAGAAAACGACUGUGGCUGAUCUUCGUCCCCUUUUUGAAAAAUUCGGGAAGGUCGUAGAAUGCGACGUGGUCAAGAAUUACGGAUUCGUCCAUAUGGAGAACGAAUCGGAAGGACGCGAAGCCAUUCAAAAUCUGAACGGACACGUAUUGAACACACAACCAUUGAAAUGUGAAGCAGCGAAGAGUCGGAAAGCGCCCCAGACACCUACGACGAAGAUUUUUGUUGGCAAUUUGACGGAUAACACGAAGGCUCCUCAGAUUCGCGAACUUUUCAAAAAAUUCGGCACGGUGGUCGAAUGCGACAUCGUUCGCAACUAUGGUUUCGUACAUCUAGAGUCAUCGGGCGACGUGAACGAAGCUAUUAAAGAAUUGAACGGCACUAAUGUGGACGGGCAACCGAUGAAGGUGCAGGUGUCUACGAGCCGGGUGCGUCAACGGCCCGGCAUGGGCGAUCCGGAGCAAUGCUAUCGAUGCGGACGCGGCGGUCACUGGUCCAAGGAGUGCCCCAAGGGCAUGGGACCGGACAGAUUCCGCGACCGUAUGUUCGGAAGAGAUCCCUAUCCACCUCCGCCGCCGCCACCCUUCCUGCGCGACCGCAUGAUGGGUCGAUUUGGGGAUAGUUACGAUGGAUAUUAUGAUAGAAGGUUUGAAGAUUCCCGUGACGUCUAUGAACGCCGGUACACAGGUAUGCCUACAAGUCGCGAUAUUGGAAUUCGGAGCAGCAGAGCGGAUUUCAUGACUCCUCCAUUACCACCGCGUAGGGAACCUUUGCCGCCUAUGCCCUCUAUUGGAUUACGUGGAACUCCAUCGAGCAGUAUGAGCAGUAGCUUGAGAGACAGCGGAUUUUCCCGCAGCAGUAGCAGUGAUUAUGGCAUGUUCAGCAGGAGAUCACCUCCACCAUCUAGCAGUAUGACUGGUUUGAGCAGGAGCAGAAUAUAUGAGGAUUUUAGUAGAGAUUCGUUUGAUGAUAGAAGACCCGGACUGCGUGGACCUUCGCCAUCUAGAAGAUAUGCCCCCUAUUAAAUGGCAUGGAUUUGAAUACAUCUACUUCUCAAAAGUUCUAUCAUAAGGUUCUGAUGAGAACCUUGUGGAAUUUAUCAUAUUCAAUGAUAAUAGUUACAUGUCUAGAUCUAAGUCCCCACUUUUUUUUUUUUUUACCAAGUGACAAUUGUGUAUUGUAAUUCCCUUGAUGUUGAUUUUACUAUAUUAAUGGUAAAUAAAGUACUGCAGUGAU